AUGGAUUGCUGAGCUGCAAAAGGCUACUGUACUAAAAUAAUACUUCAUCGUGAUUGAGAUGUAAAUUGUAAUUUGUAAAUGUCAGUUAUAUUAUUCCUAUUAGCCCAGUUACCAUUUGUAUAACAUAUAUUUGACUGUGCCCAUCUUGUCAAUCAUUUUGUUAUUUAUUUGUAAAGAAUGUGUAUAUCUACUUAGUCAUUGUUAUGCCUGUUAUAUUUUAAUUACUCCAAAGUAUUUUAUAGCCAAAUGCAGAAAGGAAUGUUUUUUAUUAAUGUGAUUUGUGACUGUAUUGUUGUAAAUUCUUGAAUAAAACUGUGUGGGGUUUCAUAAUAUACUUAAGAAAAUUGAUAUUAUUGUGAGAUUUGUUUUCUAUUUACACACGUUAACAGAUAAUAGUGCUUAGAGAAUGAAGUGGUUGCCAGAAAUUUGUUCUGGUAAGCUGGGAUAUAUUGUACAGUAUAUUUUUGAACAUUCCAUGAUAAAUACACAUAUAUACAUUUUAUUCAUUGUUUUCGUUCUUAAAGUAAUUGUAGAUUUUCUGUUUUAUGAAUCCAUAGUACUAUAUUUCAAAUAGAUGAGAUGUAAAAUUCAUAGAUCAUUAUUUUAUUGAAAAUUGAUAUUAUCUCAAGUGGAAAUUUGAUGAAAUAAAAUAAAAUAGUUAUUAUGGCAUUAAUAACACACAUAGUUACCUAAUUAAUCAUGCUGGUGCAAGAAUGACCUAUUAUUUUCAAUGGUGUCUUUUGAAUGCUUACAACUCGUUCUACAAAUAUUUGAAAUGUUACUUUAACUAAUAUGUAUGUAUAUCUGGAGUAAUGUAUGUAAUACAAGAGAAAGUUGUGGAAUGUUGCAGAAAAUCGAUUUCAAGAGAUUAAUGGAAAUACAUGUAAUGAAAAAGGUUUUUCUGCCAAACGACUGUGUCCAAACAAUUGGUAAGAUUUUUGUUCCAAAAUUAUUAAUCCCUGAUCAAUCUGGUCCAACAUAAAGCACUGUAAUUUUGAAAAAAAUCUUUUAAUUUUGGUGUAACUUCACAUGGAGCUCCUGGAAUAUUUUCAAAAUUUUCUCAAAAAUGGCUCCUAAUUUUUUCUUUAGAUUUCAUGUAAAAAUAGAGUGAAAU